AGCUGCUAAGGGAACGCCUUUCUCCCUCUUGCUAUGUUUAUAUUCCUCUGAUUUCAUCUCUUAGACCAGGUGUUUUUAUGGUGGCAUAGAAAUGUCUUGUAUUUACACAGCACAUAGCACAAUGAGCCAUGAUGUAUGCUGCUGCACCUGAACACAGUACACACAAACUGAGGAAGAGAUGCGGAAAAGCUAGAGUCAUCUGUGGCAAAGAUGGAGAACACUGGCUGGAAGUUCUAUAUCUCUAUUCCUGUUGGCUCUAAAGAAGUUAACAACAGAGCUAUUCUUUUUUCCUGUAGAAAAAGAACUUUUCAAGAGACUUUGAAAGACAAGGGAACUUAAAAAACCGGGCUAACUAGCAAAUUAUGGUGACUCACAGAAGUACAGUCAUUACAAAUGAUACCUGAAAUGUCACCCACCGCAGCCAGUGCUAGUGGUUUCUGGUAAAAGGAAAUAAUUUCCAGGGACUAUUUAAUUCCUCCAUCACAAAAUAAGAUCAGUCCUUUCCUGGAAGACCUUUUGUUAAGAAGAGGGGCAGCCUGAACAUUUAGCUAGGUCUUGACGCACGACAUUUAGCUUAACGUAACUGAAAUGAAUCCCACUCACACUGCCAGGUGUUAAUACUGGUUUUCUAAGAGCCGACAGAGCAGAACCCACUUGUACAUUGAAUUAAGAAAAAAAGAUUUAAAGAAAUUUGGCAUGAGGUAUUCUGGUGGUAAUUUCUGCCUGUAUCAUUUUAUUUGAAGCACGGCCUGACAGUGAUUCAUCUUGCUGCUUGGACUGGAAAUCUGGAUAUAAUGCGAAAAUUAGUUAAAGCGGGAGCUGAUCAAAAGGCUAAGAAUGAGGAAGGAAUGAAUGUAUUGCACUUUGCAGCUCAGAACAACAGCGUUAAAAUAGUUGAUUAUGUUCUCCAAGAUCUCCACCUGAAUGACUUGAACAAGCCUGAUAGGAAUGGUAAAAAGCCAUUCCUUCUGGCAUCUGAAAAAGGCCAUGUUGACAUGAUAAACAAUUUGAUUACUCUGAAGCUGUUUACGUCUGAAAAAGAUAAGGAGGGAAACACAGCAUUGCAUCUAGCAGCCAAAAAUGGUCACAGUGAAGUUGUAAAAAUUCUGCUGGAACAGUGGGGGGAAAUAAAUGACCUCAAUGAGAAUGGAGAAACUCCAUUUUACUUGUCUGUUGAAGGAGGUCAUGAAAAAUGUGCUGAGUUCUUGCUGGAAGCAGGAAGUGACAUCAAUGUUCUAACUCAAGUAUGUACACAAUAUCGCACCAGCACACAGAACAAUAGCAGUGCUUUGCAGGUUGCAAUUCAGAAUGGACAUCUAUCCUUGGUUACUUUUCUUAUUGAUAAGAACAUUGACCUGGUUCCUAAACCUGAGCAGAAGAAUUCCCCUCUCCAUUUAGCAGUCAUCAAUAACCACCUACCAGUAGUAAAAAGCCUCUUGGAUGCCAAUCAUGAUAUAAACUCCUUAAAUCACAGGCAGGAAACCCCACUACAUCUGGCAGCUGAUCUUGGCAACAUGGAGCUGGUGGAAGUGCUGCUGAAGGCUGGCUGUGAUCUCAGGGCUGUGGAUAAGCAUGGAAAAACUGCACUAGCUGUGGCAUCAAGGAGCAAUCAUGCCCUCAUUGUAGAUAUGAUCAUUAAAGCAGAAAGGUAUUAUGCCAUGAAACAGGAACAUCUAGUUCACAGUGAUGAUGGGCCAGACUUCAGCUUGUCCUUCAAACAAGAUCACAGUACACAGACCAAGCAUAUCCGUUCUUCCCUUUGGAAUCUAGCAUAUAACCAGUUAAAACCCCAGGAAUGGAAAAAACUGGCCCUGCUCUGGAAGUUCACGGGUGAACAAAUUAGAGCUAUUGAAGAACAAUGGACAGGGAAAAAAAGUUACAAGGAACAUGGAAAUAGAAUGUUGCUCAUCUGGUUACAUGGUAUGCUGCUGGCCCGUCAGAAUCCUGUUAAGCACAUAUACGAGGAUCUGGUGGAAGCAGGAUUUCAGCCUUUAGCUGAGAACAUCAGAGGUGCAAGUAGCACUGGCAUGGACUCGAGAAAAUGUGCUAUUUCAUGAGUUCAUUAGUAAAACACGGCAUAUCUGAUGGAUUUACAUACCAGACGGAAGGGGACUUCCAAAUACAAACAGUAUCUUUUCUGGAAACAAAAACCUAUUUUGAAGUUGUAUGACUUUUUCCAACCUAGAAGAACUUGUAGUCCUGAAAUACUGGUUAGUUCUCUUAUAAGCUUGCUAUACAAUGAUUUAAAGAAUUAAGAGUGAAUGGCUAUUAGUAUACUGGU